AUGACCAAAGUUACAAUUUGCGGUGCCGCUGGAGGCAUCGGUCAGCCUCUCUCGCUGCUGGUGAAGCUCCAUCCGCUGGUGGACCAGCUAUCGCUGUUUGACGUGGUGAACGUGCCCGGAGUGGGUGCGGACCUUUCGCACAUCGACACAGACUCGUCGCUAGAGUCCUUUCUGCCAGCUGACGAUGGUCUAGCCAAAGCACUUAAGGAUUCAGAUCUUGUAAUAAUCCCAGCCGGUGUUCCACGCAAACCGGGCAUGAGCAGAGACGAUCUGUUCAACAUCAACGCUGGCAUCGUCCGUGACCUUGCCGUCGGAGUCGCUACACACGCCCCCAAGGCCUUUGUUCUGGUUAUCUCGAAUCCAGUCAACUCAACCGUGCCCAUUUUCAAGGAGGUGCUGGCUAAGCACGGGGUUUUCGACCCUCGUCGUCUUUUGGGUGUGACCACACUGGACUGUGUUCGCUCCAACACAUUUGUGGCUGGGCUGCUGGGUGCCAAGGCUUCUAAGCUGGAUGUUGCUGUUGUCGGUGGACAUUCUGGCGAGACCAUUGUGCCACUGUUUUCGUCUCUUCCUGGCUACUCUAAACUGUCGGAUGCCGAGGUGGAUGCCCUCGUUCACCGUGUUCAAUACGGAGGUGAUGAGGUGGUUCAGGCUAAAAAUGGAGCUGGUUCUGCCACUCUCUCCAUGGCAUAUGCCGGUUACAAAUUAGCAGACCAGAUUCUGAAGGGUCUGAAUGGCGAGAAGAGCACCUCUUCUGCAUUCGUGUAUCUCAAGGACGACAGUCUGAGCGGAGCCAAGGAGACACGUGCAUUGGUUGGAAAGUUUGGUGGUGAACUCGAUUUCUUUGCCAUUCCUGUCGGGCUUGGGCCAAAGGGUGUUGAAAGCAUCGAAUAUGGCGUUUUGGAGAAGGUUAACGCGAAGGAGGAAGAGCUGCUCAAGGUUGCAGUGGGUCAGCUGGGUGUUAACAUUGCCAAGGGCACGGCCUUUAUCAAGGGUUAG